UGCGCACGAAGUCACUGUCUAUAAAAAGGCCGUGCUUCGGUCCGUCGAGCAAUCAUUUCGCGCAACACAGUUAAGCAGUUCGCGUCGUUCGCAAUCCAAACUAACUAAAUAACCAAACCCGGUGAAAUCCGUCUCGCGUGAACAAACAAAAAAAUAGAAGAAAAAAUAAUCGUCGUUGAUUACUCAACUCGUAUAGUGAAACAACAACAACAACAACAACAACAAGAACAGUAGUACGAUGGUGGUAGCAACGGAAGAGCAAUAUCCCGCUAUCAAGGUGGUAGCGUCGGCGGCGUCGUUCGACUAUGGCGUCCAGUGCGCCCCGAUUGGUGUGACGGCGAAGCACGCGCUACUGCUGGCAAAUAUCGAGAAACGGCUGAUUAUGGGCUUAUCGGAUGCGAUUAGUGCCCUUGCCAAGACGCCCGAGGAGUACCUGUUUUGCUUCAUGGCGCCAUCCCAGCUCGGCGACAGUGCCACUCACAUGCACGAGGUGCUUCUGCAGGCCUUCUGUUUCGAGCACGAUAUUUACAUAAUCAAGGUCGAUAGCAGUGAGAAGCUGAGCCGCCUACUUGGAUCCAGUACGUUGCAAUCGUGUGCUUUGAUCCGGAAAAAAUGGUCCGCCGAUCGUCGGACCGAACUGUUGUCCAAGGUUGAAGAUCAGCUGGUCGACUACUGUGAAGAACACUGGGAAUCACCGGUCAAACCGACCGUCCGGCUGCCGGAUAAAUAAAAACACAGCCAGUCAGACAUGUCUCUCUCUGUCUGUCUGUCUCUCACGGACAAGUGAACGGAAUAAAACACAACUGGGAAAUUACCGGCCUUGCGGCAGCGCACGAGGUAUUUCCCGCACACUGGCGGGGCAAAAACGCUAAAUGCACCCGCUUUACGGCUACACGAGCAUCACACGGAGCGAGUGAAUUCGCAGACAAACACCGGAUGGGGGAAAUUCCCAUCCAGUCGAGGCAGUAGUGAAAGAGUAGUUUUUGUGACAGAACUGAACCGGUUCGAGAAUGCAAGUGAAUGUAAAAUAUCAGCAAAGCAGUUGAAUUCAAGUGUAUCAGUGACAACCACAGAAAUUGAUAAGUUUCGGUCAGGUGAACGGAGACCACACACACACACGCACGCACGCACUCACGGAAGAGUGUGAUUGAUUGCCACGGGCAGUUGACCGGCAGUGGAGUGUGCUAAUCAAAUUAGCCAAUGUGUAAUCUUUUAUUUUACACUAUUGAAUGGAGUGAUCUUUACGGAAAUGUAUGUUAAACUGGAAAAUAUAGCAUAUAAUGUUGAAAUCUA